GCGCGACUAAAAAUAAAAAAUAAAAAUACCUUUCUUCUCUCAUCCCUCCCCCUUUUUUUCCUUUUUUCCCUUUUUUUUUAUAUUCCUCUAAACGUUAUUAUGACCCAACAAGAAUGGGAUUCAAAAAUCAGACAUACAUCAUCUAUAUCCUCAUUAUUAAACGAUAAACAACAUCUUCCAAGUCCAGUGAGUCCCGCCACACCCAACCAUGAUAUUUCAUCACUCACAACAACAACAGCACCUCGCCCGUAUAUUUGUAAGCAAUGUGAUCAAUCGUUUUGCCGAGCACAUAAUUUAAAAUCUCAUUUAGCAACACAUUCAGCUGAAAGACCAUUCAAAUGUGAUACAUGUAACCACUACUUUAGACGCCAGCAUGAUCUUAAACGCCAUCAGAAAUUGCAUACAGGAGAAAGACCGCAUAUCUGUAAGAACUGUGGUCGUUCAUUUGCCAGAUUAGAUGCUCUUAGUCGUCACCAGCGAGCUGAAGUGGGUCACGCCCCAACCGGCAAAAAAAAACCAGUCGCUACGGCCGUUCCCGUUGCCACCACUGCCACCACUGUCACUGGCGUAGACAAUACGCCACGUCCAAUGAUCCCCCAACUAAAUAUCCCUAAUCCUGCCUCUAAACCUUACAUCAGCUCACCUACAACAAAUGAAGACAUAAGCGUGUCUUUACCCCCACUACGCUCACCCAAUAACACGAAUUAUGAAAGGUCACCCGUCCCAUCACCCAAUUUUUCUCCCACCUCCUAUCGAUCCUGGCCUUACCCUCACAGCUUAUCUUCCCCUCCUUCCCCACUUUUAAACAGGAUCACACUUCCUUCGCCCGACCAUUUAUUAUUACCUUUACAACAACAGGUGAGAUCACUAUCACAAGAGAACAGCUCUUUAAAACAAGAAAUAAAACAAAUGUCAAUAGAUAGUGCACGUGUACAGGACCUGGAAAUUGAGAACGAACUAUUAAAAUCAUUGAUUCAUAAACAGCAAUAAACACACACAUGAAAAUAAUAAUAAUAAAAAAAAGCUGA